CAACCCGAGUACUCCACGGUACUGCGCCGCCCAGUACUCCCACUGCGAGUGCGCUGCUGCUGCUGCUUUGUCUUGUACGCGGCCGAUGCGGCGCCGAUCUCCAUGCUUGUGCGAAACCUAGGCUGCGGUGGUGGCGGCAGUCGCGGGCGAGGCCGCAAGGCGGCAUCCGCAUCCUGAGGGCUCCCCCGAUCCACAUCGCGCGGGCGGGUGGCGGCGUCGCGAUGAACCCGUUAUGCUGCAUCGCGCCGGUCUCGCUCGAGCACGCUGCGGACCAGCUCCACGAGCACCCGACGCGCAUCCACGCCGGCGCCCCGCCGCCGACGCCGGCCCCCCAGCAGGAUGCGGUUGCGGGGGUGCUGCACAAGUGGGUCAACUACGGGAAGGGGUGGCGGUCGCGGUGGUUCGUGCUCGAGGAUGGGGUGCUAUCCUACUACAAGCUCCGAGGCAGCGGAGGGGCAGGCGGAGCUGGUGCUGGGGAGGUGGCCGCGUCGUCCGCUGCUGCUGCAGCCAGAGUGAUCGGGGACGGGAGUGCGCUGCAGCAGGCGCAGGAGGUGGCCGCGGGGGCAGGAAAGCUGUGGAAGCCAUUCGGCGAGAUACACCUCAAGGUCUCAUCUGUUCGUGCAAGCAAAUCUGAUGAUAAGAGGCUGUACAUAUUCAGUGGAACGAAGACUCUACACUUGAGGUGUGAAACUGAGGAAGAUAGGAAUGCGUGGAUAGAUGCAUUGCUGGCAGCAAAGGAUCAGUUCCCACGGUCACUGACUAUUAGUGAUCUUGGUCCGGCAGACAUUAUGUUGUCCUUUGAGAAGCUUAGGGCACGGCUGCUGCAGGAGGGUCUGAGCGAAGCAGUGGUCAGGGAGUGUGAGUCUAUCAUUAUGAGCGAGCUGCUGGAACUGCACAAGCAGAUAAAGUCUCAGCAGCAGCAGCAUUCUAUUUUGAUAGACCGCCUCCGGCAACUGGAGACGGAGAAAGUUGAGCUGGAGAGAACAGUUGUCCAUGAGACUAAGGAGCGGGAAACACUUGGCUAUGCUAACAGAAGACAAAGUGAUUUCUAUUCAGUUUUAUCAGGAGGAAGUACAACUGAAUCAGACCCUGACACUGCAAGCCACAUGGCUGAAGUUGAAACUGAGGAAGAUGAAGUUACAUACUUUGAUACAAGAGACUUUUUAUCUGUAGAGUCUUUACGGAGUGCUUCAUGUCAAAGGAGGGAACUAACUGCACUAGGUUUUGGAUCAGAAUAUGUUGGAGUUUCUGUUACAAAUACUGUCAAAACUACUAAAUAUCCCUUUGUGCUACGUAGGGAUAAGCUACCAGAGCCUAAGGAAAAAGAGAAGCAUAUAGGAUUAUGGUCAAUAAUUAGAGAAAAUAUAGGGAAAGACCUUUCAGGUGUUUGUCUACCUGUUUAUUUCAAUGAGCCUCUUUCUUCUUUACAAAAAUGUUUUGAAGAUUUGGAGUACUCUUACUUGGUUGACCAUGCACUACACUGGGGAAAACAGGGUGACAGCUUAAUGAGGAUACUUCAUGUAGCAGCAUUUGCAGUAUCAGGUUAUGCUUCAACCGAAGGUCGGCAAUGCAAACCCUUCAAUCCCCUACUGGGGGAAACAUAUGAAGCGGACUAUCCGGAUAAAGGACUUCGUUUUUUCUCUGAAAAGGUCAGUCAUCACCCAAUGGUUGUUGCAUGCCACUGUGACGGUAGAGGUUGGAGAUUCUGGGGUGAUUCCAAUCUGAAAGGAAAGUUCUGGGGUCGAUCCAUUCAGCUUGACCCAAUAGGCGUUCUUACCCUCCAAUUUGAUGAUGGAGAAACAUUUCAGUGGAGUAAAGUGACUACUUCCAUUUACAAUAUCAUAAUUGGCAAAAUUUACUGUGAUCAUUAUGGCACAAUGCGCAUCAAUGGAAGUGGCCAGUACUCCUGCAAGCUUAAAUUUAAAGAACAGUCAAUUAUAGAUCGCAAUCCACACCAGGUGCACGGAUUUGUGCAAGAUAAUAGAACAGGGCAAAAAGUAGCUAUGUUAAUUGGAAAAUGGGAUGAAGCUAUGUAUUAUGUCCUUGGGGAUCCAAGUGUUAAUCCCAAGGGGUAUGACCCAAUGUCAGAAGCAGUUCUUUUAUGGGAGAGAGACAAGUCUCUUAAUCAGACACGUUACAAUCUUUCUCCUUUUGCAAUUUCUCUAAAUGAAUUGACACCACAUUUGUUGAACAAGUUGGCUCCUACUGAUUCUCGUUUGAGACCAGACCAAAGGCAUCUGGAAAAUGGUGAAUAUGAGAUGGCAAAUGCAGAGAAAGUUAGGCUUGAAGAACUGCAACGGCAGGCUCGACAACUGCAAGAAAAAGGAUGGAGACCAAGGUGGUUUAAGAAGGAUUUUGAUGGCAGUUACCGCUAUGUGGGUGGAUACUGGGAAGCGAGGGAGAAGGGGAACUGGGACGGUAUUCCGGACAUCUUUGCCCAGAAUAGUUUGUCUACAUGGCUGCACUAACUACCCUUCUUCCCUAUGUUAUACUAGUAGUAUCAGAGUUCCCUAUGUUAUACUAGUGUAUGUCCUCUAAACAUUUCACGCAACUAUGGUGGCAACAAGAAGUCAAAGCAUAGUGUUUCCCCAUUUCUUGUGUCGAUCGGGGUUGGAUGAGUGGGAAGAAAUGUAGGUUUCAGUUUUGAAUUUCAGGACUAAUUUUGUCUUGGAAUGCGGUUAGUUUAAAUUUGUUGUCUUGUCCAUGGAUGGUAGGCUUUGCUACGCCCUCACUGUCUGAGCCAUGUGUGGAGUAUCAUUUAUGGACUUUAGGGAAUUUUAAUCAUCACAUGACUUUUGAACUGUUACAAUCAAAUUUACAUCACAUAAGCCCAAUUUGGAGUUAGUCCAUAGUGACCAAUGUGUAUUUUAUUUUUAUGUGAGGUUGUUAGGGUUUAAUCUUAGCUUGGCUGUUGAGAGUGGGUUAGAUCAACAUUGUAAAUAGGUUGGCGGAAACAUGUGGCUCACUUAGGGCGUGUAUGGUUUGCAGGAUCAAGUGGAGCCUGUUGAUUCUGCAAACUUCAUCGAAUGGACUCAUGCGAAAUUGACCUGUUAAAUCAAACAUGUCAUUAGUGUAUAAAGUGGACCUGAAUUGUUUGUACUC